AUGGAUCAAAGUUGGAUGUACGAUAGAGUAAAUUCCAAUAAGUAUGGUUUGAAAGAUGAAUUUGUUAGUGGAGUUGAAGAUUUUGUCAAUAAAGCCAUGAAUCGACCAGAUUUUUUAAUUGAUGGAGGGAUAAGGUGUCCUUGUAAAAAAUGCGUAUGCAUUCCCUUGAAGACGCCUAGUGAGGUUAGACAUCACUUGUACAAAAAUGGUUUUUUGCCCAACUAUUAUACAUGGACUGAUCAUGGAAUAGAUACUCAGAAUGUAGACUUUGAUGGUCAUUCUAGUAGUGGCAGAAAUGAUGGUGGGGAUAAUCAUGGUGAUGAAGAACAAUUGGAUGCAAUGAAUGAAAUGGUAUAUGAUGCUAGGAGGCAAUUUGUUAAUGUUCCAAAUGAGAAUGCUAAUAUGGAAAACGAAAUAGCUCAAAUCAGAUGGCAUCGUGAGACCACAAGCAAUCCAAAUGAUCUGCGUCACCCAUCUGACGGAAAGGCAUGGAAACACUUUGAUGAAGUUUAUCCCAAUUAUGCUAGUGACCUAAGAAAUGUAAGAUUCGGUUUAUGUACUAAUGGGUUUACACCUUACAUUCAAGCCUCUAGUUCUCCUUAUUCACAUUGGCUGAUAAUAGUCACACCAUACAAUCUCCCUCCUGAAAUGUGCAUGACCAAACCAUACAUGUUUUUGACUUGUCUUGUACCUGGACCGUACAACCCAAAAGUUAAAAUAGAUGUCUACUUGUAA